CUUCAUCCCAAAUCCUACCGAUCAUUGGUGGACGUUUAAAUCUCGAAGCGUAGGGUUUAGGGCAUAAUUUAUCUCUAGCUGCCCCUUCAUCUCCCUCCCUCCAAAACAUUCGAAACCCAUCAACAAAGUCAUCUUCAUUCUCCCAAAUCCCGUUAGGGUUAGGGUUUUCACUGCUUCUUUUUCGCGAUUUACCUUUUGCAGGUACUUGGCACCGCUUCGGAUUCCGAGUAAGAGACGGAUAUAGCCAACUAUGGGGAGGUACCGGAGCCGGAGCAGAAGUUACAGCCCUCGCCGGCGUAGUAGAACCCCACCCCGCGGGCGGAAGCGGCAUGACGACGACCCUCGAGACCGGUACCGCGAAAGCAGGUCUCACAGGGACCGUCGCUCUCCAGCUCCUUCUGGGUUACUCGUGCGCAAUCUCCCCCUUGAUGCUAGGCCGGAAGAUCUUAGGAUCCCGUUUGAGCGAUUUGGGCCUGUUAAGGACGUGUAUCUGCCGAAGAACUACUACACUGGGGAGCCCCGAGGAUUUGGAUUUGUGAAGUUUCGGUUUGCAGAAGAUGCGGCUGAAGCAAAACAACAGUUAAAUCAUACAGUUAUAGGUGGGCGGGAGAUACGAAUUGUUUUUGCUGAGGAGAACAGGAAAACUCCUCAAGAAAUGCGGGUGACUUCACGCUCAAGUGGUAGAAGCUACAGAAGGCGUUCUCCGGCAAGGUCUCCAAGACGGCGAUAUCGUUCUUACUCACGCUCACCUUCACCUGCCAGGCACGACUCAAGGAGCCGUGGGGCAAGGGAGGAGUAUCUUUCUCCUGCACGAUCGAGAUCAAUUUCACGUUCUCGUUCCCCUCGUGAUAGGCGGGAUUACAGCCGAUCUCCAACUCCAAAGGAGAAUGGUCGGAGCCCUCGUGAAGUGGACAAUGCACGUAGUAGGUCAAGGAGCCCAAGGGCUGAUAGCCGCAGUCCUUCUGGAUCCCGUUCACGAUCCUAUAGUCCUCGCAGAUAGAGUUUCGGGAUUGUGAAGUGCUUCUGUCGCAGUUCUCGAGAAUUGUUAGUCUGCCUUCAGUUGUGGCCAGAUGAACUACGCCAUUCCAUGCUUUGCAGUUUCUGUAAGGAAUUUUAUUUAUAUUUGAAAGUCGGGAGGCGAGACUUGAGUUAUAGGUUGAAGAACAAAUGUCAUCUUGCUGUUUCUCAAGUAAACUUCAUAUGAAUGGAUGCUGGUACACUUCUACUUGACCUUUACUAGAUUUAGGAUUUUGUUUUCAGUGGAUUUCGUUUUUUGGUUUCUGUACUCUUGUAUAUGCCCAGUGGUUGUAUUUUUGAACUUACGAUGCUCAAAUCUUGAUAUCGAUAGUCUUGUUUGUUUAUUUAUCA